AUGAAGUACUCUGGAAUAGCGGUGCUGAGGGGAGUGCGAGUGACGCCUCUGGCGUUGCCCAGGGCUGGGAGCAGGUAUCUCUCCCUGCUCGCAAGACCGCCCACAAGACAGAUAAUUCAUAACACAGGCGCUGGCUAUGGCGUUUGGGUGAGUCAUAAAGUGCUGACUAGUAGCACUAUAAGGAGGCCGUUCACUGCGCACCGAGCACUGAACAAUGAAUAUAACACCACUGCCGGUAAUGCCAGUGUAAAGUCCCAAUCUGCUACUAAGGAGAAAAACGAGGAGGACAGAAAGUAUAGCAAGAAGGAGAAGGAGGAGCAAUCCGAGACCAAGGAGAAUCACUCCGAAUUUAGGGAUAUAGUACGACUGAUGCUACUGGUGAGACGAGAUUGGAAGCUGCUGCUAACUGCCGUGGGUCUACUGACAAUCUCAUGCUCUAUAGGUAUGACAAUACCUAAAGUCAUUGGUCUUAUUCUAGAUCAAUUGAAGAACGCACUGGCUGCUAAUUCCGUGGAUGGACAGCCGGUAAGUAUAGAUAAACUACCACCCAUUGUGUUUGGCCUCUCAUUUUAUGAGUUCCUAGGCGGGUUUGCAUUGGCAUUACUGGUUGGUAUUGCCGCCAACUACGGAAGAAUUAUCUUGCUAAGAGUCCUAAGUGAAAGAUUGGUUGCUAGAUUGAGGGCUACAGUUAUUAAAAAGACGAUACAUCAAGACGCCGAGUUCUUUGACACCCACAAAGUAGGCGACUUGAUAUCUAGACUAGGUUCAGAUGCUUAUGUGGUAUCUCGUUCGAUGACUCAAAAAGUGUCCGAUGGGUUUAAGGCUUUAAUAUGUGGUAGUGUGGGUAUUGGUAUGAUGCUGGCACUAUCACCCCAGCUUUCAUGCCUACUACUUGUUUUCACACCACCGGUGAUACUGAGUGCAUCUGUCUUUGGUAAACAGAUUAGCACAACUUCGAGGGAAUUACAAGAAGCCACCGGUCAUUUGACCAAAGUUGCCGAGGAGCAAUUAUCGGGCAUAAAAACAGUUCAAUCAUUUGUUGCUGAACAGAGAGAAAUAAACAGAUACAACUUUGCAAUCCGUGAUAUAUUCAAUAUUGGUAAGAAGGCUGCUGUUAUAAAUGCAAAAUUCUUUAGUUCUACCUCUGCAAUGGGUGAUUUGAGUUUUUUAACGGUGCUUGGUUUUGGAUCUUAUCUUGUUUUACAAAAUUCCCUGACUAUUGGUGACCUUACUGCUUUUAUGAUGUAUACCGAGUACACAGGAAAUUCGAUUUUUGGUCUAUCUACGUUUUACUCAGAGAUUAUGCAAGGUGCUGGUGCGGCUUCAAGAUUAUUUGAAUUGACUGAUAGAGUUCCCAGCAUAUCAACCACUAAAGGUGUGAAAUAUAAACCCGGCAAUGGUGAAAUUGAGUUUAAAAAUGUUUCCUUUGCUUAUCCAACAAGGCCAUCAAAUAUGAUAUUCAAAAACUUGAAUUUCAAGAUUGAAGCUGGAUCUAAUGUCUGCAUUGUGGGGCCAUCUGGACGUGGUAAAUCUACUGUAGCAUUGCUUCUAGAGAAAUACUAUAAACCAUCAUCUGGUGAAAUUUUAAUCGAUGGACAAAAUAUCAACGAUCUGAACAGCAAAUCUUUGAGAAGACACAUUGGACUCGUUCAACAAGAACCAAUACUGAUGUCAGGCACGAUCCGUGAUAACAUAGUAUAUGGUCUAACUGAAAUGCCUACUAAGGAUGAGAUUAGACAAGUAGCCAAACAAUGCUUUUGUCACAAUUUCAUUACCAGAUUCCAGUCUUCCUACGAUACUGUAAUUGGUCCUCAUGGUACAUUACUGAGCGGAGGUCAGAAACAACGUAUUGCUAUAGCGCGUGCUCUGAUAAAAAAACCCAGAAUACUAAUAUUAGAUGAAGCUACGUCUGCAUUAGAUGUUGAAAGUGAGGGUGCAAUUAAUUACACAUUUGGCCAGUUAAUGAAAAAGAAAGAAAUGACCAUAGUCAGCAUUGCUCACAGAUUGAGUACUAUCCGUAGGUCAGAAAAUGUCAUUGUAUUGGGGCAUGAUGGUAGUGUAGUUGAAAUGGGUAAAUUCAAAGAAUUAUGGGAUGAUCCUACAAGUGAAUUAUCGCAACUGUUGAAUGAAAAAUCAACUCCACAUCAGACGACUAAUAUAACUGUAACACCACCACCUACAACAAUGGCAGAAAAGGUAGUUGAAGAAGUUGUCGAGAAUGCUGAACCUGAAACAGUCAUAGAAGACCCUGGUAGCCCACCAAUGUACAUCAGUACUGUAUCAGAAGUAUCUGCAGAAGGCCAUGAGUUGAUAAAUGAGCAGAUUGAAGAUACUAUUGAAAAUGUAAUGAAGGAUGUUACUAGUGAACGCAAGCCAUUAAAGCUACAAAAAGAUGAAAACCUCUAG